UGCUGAUGGGCCCACAGAGAGUUGGGAGCAUUGAGUUUUUUUUUGGUUUGGUAUUAGCAGUAAUCCCAAAAAAGAGAAGAGCGAUUACGAGCGACUGACUAGAUAGGAGUUUUUUUGGUUGACUCGUCGUCGUCGUCUUCCUGUCAUCGCAUCCGUUUCCUUCGAUUUGGUUGGUUGGGUUGGGUGGUUGGUGUGGGCAGGAAGGAGGGAUGCCCGAGGGUACGGAAAACUGCUCUGUCCAGUCCGUACGCCCCUUCUCUGUGCCGUCCAAUCCAUUCUUCUUCUUCCUCCUCCUCCGAUUUCAUACUCUAUUAAUCAUAGUCGCCGUCGUCUUCUUAGUCUUAUCCGAGGGAGGGAGUGAAAGGGACCGAUCGAGGAGGGCGCAGACGGCGACAUCGAGGAAGCAGGGAGGGAGACAAGGGAGUUUUCAGGGAAGGGGGAGUGGGAACCUAGCUAGCCCAUCCACCGGCGACGACGAGCCCUAGGCUUGGCGGGCGCCUGAUCGAUGGUGGCGGAUGCAGACAACCAUGCUGGAGCCAAGCCCGAUGGCCAUUGGCGGCGACCCAUCGAGGAGGCGGAGCUGCUCACGCCUCGCCUCCCGAUCGUCGCCCAUCCAACUCCACCUUAUAUCCACUGCAUUCCCCUCCAUCCUUCCCCGCCCCCCCAGUUUCAACUGAUUCCCUUUGCGACCGACCGCCAUGGAGGCCAAGGGCCUUGCCAUGGACGCAAUCAGCAACGAAACCGUCGACCUGGAGCACAUCCCUGUCGAGGAGGUCUUCGAGCACCUCAAAUGCACCGGCGAGGGCCUCACCACCGACGCUGCCCAGGAGAGGAUCAACAUCUUUGGCUACAACAAGCUUGAAGAGAAGCAGGAAAGCAAACUGCUCAAGUUCCUGGGCUUCAUGUGGAACCCGCUUUCCUGGGUAAUGGAGGCGGCAGCCAUAAUGGCUAUCGCCCUUGCUCAUGGAGGAAGAGACGUUAAGGGAAAAAAAAUGGGCAUAGACUACCAUGACUUUGUCGGAAUUAUGCUACUGCUCAUUAUCAAUUCCACCAUUAGCUUUAUAGAGGAAAACAACGCUGGCAAUGCUGCUGCUGCGCUUAUGGCCCGCCUUGCGCCAAAAGCUAAGGUUUUACGCGAUGGAACCUGGAGUGAACUGGACGCGUCUUUGUUGGUUCCAGGCGACAUAAUCAGCAUUAAACUUGGAGAUAUAAUUCCUGCAGAUGCACGUCUUCUCGGAGGAGACCCGCUGAAAAUUGAUCAGUCUGCACUUACAGGAGAAUCACUACCUGUAACUAAGCACCCUGGUGAUGGCAUCUACUCUGGUUCUACUUGUAAGCAAGGUGAAAUAGAAGCAGUUGUUAUUGCCACUGGAAUCCAUACUUUCUUUGGAAAAGCAGCUCAUCUCGUUGAGUCAACUACUCAUGUUGGCCAUUUUCAGAAGGUUCUGACGUCAAUCGGGAACUUUUGCAUUUGCUCAAUUGCUGCUGGAAUGACUUUCGAGUUAAUCGUGAUGUAUGCCAUUCAUGCAAGAAAGUACCGUCAGAUUGUUGAUAACCUUCUUGUGCUUCUUAUUGGAGGGAUUCCAAUUGCCAUGCCUACAGUUCUUUCUGUCACUAUGGCUAUUGGAUCACACAAACUAGCACAGCAGGGUGCUAUUACCAAGAGAAUGACUGCAAUAGAAGAAAUGGCUGGAAUGGAUGUCCUUUGUAGUGACAAAACAGGAACACUGACACUCAACAAACUAAGUGUUGACAAGAAUUUAAUUGAGGUUUUUGUUAGAGGCGUCGAAAAGGAUGAUGUGGUCUUGAUGGCUGCAAGGGCGUCAAGACUAGAGAAUCAAGAUGCUAUUGAUUUUGCUAUUGUUUCAAUGUUGCCCGACCCAAAAGAGGCACGUGCCGGCAUUCAAGAAGUCCAUUUCCUCCCAUUCAACCCAACUGACAAGAGGACAGCCCUCACAUACUUAGACACUGGGGGUAAAAUGCACAGGGUUAGCAAAGGUGCUCCUGAACAGAUUCUGAAUCUAUCAUUGAACAAGUCUGAGAUUGAAAGGAAGGUCCAUCAUGUUAUUGGCAAUUAUGCCGAGAGAGGGCUGCGAUCGCUUGCUGUUGCCUAUCAGGAAGUACCUGAAGGGACUAAGGAAAGUCCUGGUGGACCUUGGCAAUUUGUUGGUCUUCUCCCACUCUUUGAUCCUCCCCGUCAUGAUAGUGCUGAAACCAUACGCAGGGCUCUUGACCUUGGAGUCAGUGUAAAAAUGAUUACAGGUGAUCAGUUAGCUAUAGCUAAGGAGACUGGCCGGAGGCUGGGAAUGGGCACAAACAUGUAUCCUUCUUCAUCUUUGCUGGGUGACAAAAAAGAAGGUGAUAUCGCAGUUCUACCAGUGGACGAGUUGAUUGAGCAAGCGGAUGGUUUUGCUGGAGUUUUCCCAGAGCACAAAUAUGAGAUUGUGCAGAGGCUGCAAGCCAGAAAGCACAUAUGUGGGAUGACUGGAGAUGGAGUUAAUGACGCACCUGCUCUGAAGAUAGCAGACAUUGGAAUUGCUGUGGCCGAUGCAACUGAUGCUGCUCGAGGUGCCUCUGACAUAGUUCUGACGGAACCUGGAUUGAGUGUGAUCAUCAGCGCUGUAUUAACUAGUCGGGCAAUUUUCCAAAGAAUGAAAAAUUAUACUAUAUAUGCUGUAUCUAUAACCAUACGUAUUGUGCUUGGUUUUUUGCUUUUGGCAUGCUUUUGGAAGUUUGACUUCCCUCCAAUGCUGGUUCUUGUGAUAGCUAUUCUUAAUGAUGGAACCAUUAUGACUAUAUCCAAGGAUAAGGUGAAGCCAUCUCCCCAUCCAGACAGUUGGAAGUUAACAGAGAUAUUUGCAACUGGAGUGAUCAUUGGGGCUUAUUUGGCUGUAACAACUGUGCUGUUCUUUUGGGCAGCUUAUAAGACGGAAUUUUUUGUGAAAGUUUUCAAGGUUGACACUCUGAAUAUAGAUAAGGUUAAAGAGAAAAAAAAUGAUGAACUGAUUGCCGAGAACACAGAGAAGCUGGCCUCUGCAGUUUACCUUCAAGUGAGCACCAUCAGUCAGGCCUUGAUAUUUGUGACGCGCUCUAGAGGCUGGUCCUUCUUAGAGAGACCUGGCCUCCUACUUAUGGGUGCAUUCGUGACAGCUCAGUUGAUUGCCACUGUGUUGGCUGCUAUCGUGAACUGGGAGCUUGCUAGCAUCAAAGGUAUCGGUUGGCGUUGGACAGGUGCUAUUUGGGUGUACAACAUCGUGAUCUACCUUUUCCUGGAUCCGAUUAAAUUUGCGGUGCGGUAUGGCCUGAGUGGGAAAGCAUGGAACCUUGUCAUCGACAGGAAGGUAGCGUUUUCAAACCGGAAAGACUUCGGGAGGGAAGCUCGGGAGGCGGCUUGGGCCCACGAGCAGCGCACAUUGCACGGCCUUGAGAGCGCUGGCCCCGGGCGGGAGAAAGCUGCAUCCAUGGAGCUGAGCCAGAUGGCCGAAGAUGCCAGGCGCCGUGCGGAGAUUGCAAGGCUGAGGGAGCUGCACACCCUCAAAGGAAAGGUCGAAUCUGUUGUCAAACUCAAAGGACUCGACUUGGAGGACAUCAAUAAUCAACACUACACUGUUUAGUUUGGUUGUUAGUGUUCCCUUUCGUUUCUUCUCGUUGUUUCGUCGGUAAUUAAAGGGUCGAGUAUUGAUUUGUCAUAAUAAAAUAAAGUGGAUAAAAUCUAUAUAUAUACUUGCUAGUACUGCUCAGCCGGAUGAAUUGUUUGUCUUCUUUAUGUAAAUUAGAAGUUGGUAUUGCUCGCUUAA